AUGUGGCGUACUGCUGUCUUUUGCACUAUUCGCACAGGCGCACUGUUAGUUUCCAGGAAGCAUUUACGAUUGCGGUGUAAUAGCUGCACCCGUCUGCUUCCCGCAGCACAUUUCUCAAAAGCUACCGCCCCCGCGCAGUCGCUCGUUUGCAUUGAUUGUAAACGUCUGUGUAUACUUUGCGGAGUGCAUCGUACUCUUGACAACUUUAGUGGUGCGGAUGCCGAGUUGUGCGACAACUGUCUUGCGAAGAAGCAUGUUGCACGGGAGAACGUGUACUUUCGGUACCCAGUACUAAAGUAUCGUGCGUGUCCAUUUAGUGUGGAGGCCAUGCGUGAGGAAAUUCGACGGGAGGGGACAUCUAUUGAUGAAGAGGAACGAAUGGAUGACAUGUAG